AUGGCUAACAAGCGCAUGGUUUACGUUGGUGGUUUGGCAGAAGAAGUUGACGAGAAAGUCCUUCACGCCGCUUUUAUUCCUUUCGGAGACAUUACAGAUGUUCAAAUACCAAUGGAUUACUCAAGUCAGAAGCAUCGAGGAUUCGGAUUUGUGGAAUUUGAGCUCGCAGAAGACGCUGCGGCUGCUAUUGACAACAUGAACGAAUCCGAACUCUUUGGGCGAACAAUUCGUGUGAACAUCGCCAAACCAAUGAAGAUCAAGGAAGGUUACAGUCGUGCUGUGUGGAGUGAAGAUAACUGGUUAAGCAAACACGCAGGGCAGACUUUAGAGGAUGCCGAAAUGAAAAAUUCGGAGGAUAAAACUGAGGAAUCUACCGAAGAAGCAAAUGCAAAACUAAAGAAAGGAAAUCCGCGAGUAUUCAUGGAUAUAACUAUCGGGGGACGCCAGUCAGGAAGGAUAACUAUAGAACUAAGACAUGAUGUUGUUCCUAUGACUGUUGAAAACUUUCGUGCCCUCUGCACCCACGAAAAAGGCUUUGGAUAUCGAGGCAGCACGUUCCAUCGAGUAAUCCCCCAGUUUAUGUUGCAAGGGGGAGAUUUCACCAAGCACGACGGUACGGGAGGAAAGUCAAUUUAUGGUCAGAAAUUUGCAGACGAGAACUUUGUGCUGAAGCAUACUGGUGCUGGUGUUCUAUCAAUGGCUAAUUCUGGCACCAAUACCAAUGGCUCCCAAUUUUUCAUCACCACUGAGAAAACUGAUUGGUUAGAUGGAAAACAUGUUGUGUUCGGUCAUGUUAUUGAUGGAAUGGAUGUUGUCAGAAAAGUAGAAGCAACUGGAUCAAAAAGUGGUAAAACAAGCAAAAAGAUCGUGAUUGAAGACUGUGGUGAGUUAUAG